AUGGAAUCUGAACACUCGGAAGAGAAGACGGUCCCACCGACCGCGAAUGCAGACAAGGAGCUGGAAUCAGGCGAUGGCGGCUCUUCAGACGCGCCGUCGGUGUCGCCAGCAAAGGUCCUCCGCAAGAUCGAUAUGCACCUAAUGGCCCCCCUAUGGGUUGUGUUCGUCUUUGGCUUCCUGGACCGAAUCAACCUAGGAAACGUCGCCGUUCUGGGUAUCAUACAGGAGCUCAACCUCCAAGGCAACGCGUUCAACAUUGCACUGCAAGUGUUCUUCGUGCCGUAUAUCCUGCUGGAUAUCCCGAGCAACAUCAUCUUGAAAAACUUCACGCCCUCGACCUGGAUCAGCCUUUUGACUUUUAUGUGGGGCGUCGCAUCCAUGUGCCAGGGGUUUGUGAAAAAUAACGCCGGCUUGAUUGCCUGCCGGUUCUUCAUCGGCGUUUUCGAGGCCGGCUUUGUCCCCGGCUGUGCCUAUCUCAUGGCAAUGUACUAUAAGCGCCACGAGUUCCAGAAGCGAUUCUCCCUGUUCUGGGUUGCCGGGCUGGUGGCUGGGGCUUUUGGUGGUCUUCUCGCAUACGCACUCGACCACAUGGGCGGCCUGGGGGGGUAUACGGGCUGGCGUUGGAUCUUCAUCAUCGAGGGACUGCUGUCUAUCGUGCUCGCGGUACCAGCCAAGUUCCUCAUCGCUGACUGGCCAGAGCAAGCAAAAUUCCUGACCGAGGAGGAGAAGCGCUAUGUGCAAACACGUAGCUCUCAGGACGUUGGUGGCGGCGCGCGCAUGGAUCGCCUCGAUGGUCAAGCGUGGAAGCGGAUCAUGAGUGACUGGAAGAUCUACGUCGGGAGUCUGAUUUAUAUCGGCAUCACCGUCUCCGGCUAUGCCACUGCCCUCUUUAUCCCGUCCAUCGUGAACUCGCUCGGAUACUCUGGGAUCGAGAGUCAAAUUCAUAGCAUCCCGAUCUGGAUCGUCGCCGCAGUGGUUACCAUGAUGGUCUCGUAUCUCACUGACCGCUUAAAGCACCGGUUUGGGUUCGUCGUGUUUGGCGUCGUCUUCGCCAGCAUCGGAUACAUCAUCCUCCUGUGCCAGGGGCCUCCGGACGCCGGCCUACCGCCCCGUGUUCGUUACAUGGCGGUCUUCUUCGUCACCACCGGCACGUAUAUCGUUCAGCCGGUCACCAUUGUCUGGAUGGCGAACAACCUCGGCGGGCACUACAAACGCGCCAUUGGCCUCGCGAUUCAGGUCGGCUUUGGGAACAUUGGAGGCAUCAUUGCAAGUAACAUCUUUGUCCGGACGGAUGCACCGCGGUACUUUGUCGGGUACGGUGUGGCGCUAGGCAUGAUGAUUUUCUGCGGAUUCAUGAGUCUCGUCUUUGCGGUUGGACUGGUGAGGGAGAAUAGGCUGAGGGCAGAAGGGAAGCGUGAUGAUAGACUGCAGCUUGAUGAGAGCAUCUUGGGCAACAUGGGCGAUGACGACCCGCGAUUCCGCUUCUCGCUUUAG